CAUUUUUAAAAUUAAAAAAAAAAAAAAAACUAAAUCAGCGUUUAUUCACGAAAGAAAACCCUAAAUCAACCAAUUUGGAAUCCUGCUGAACUUGUCGGAAAACGCAACCGGAGUUGAUCGUCACCUCUCUCAACAACAUUGAGAAACUCCAUUCAGGUCUGGCUUAUAUCUUAGAUGAUUUAAGCUACCAAGUCUUUCCGUGGCUUAAAACAAGAGAAACCUGUUUUUAUUUGGCAAAAAUGACAGAAAUCUUAAGCUACACUGCUUGCAGACAAUUGUCUCAAAUGUUCAUUGCAGUUAUCUUCUUUCACGUUUCAGAAUAUUUUCUAGCCGCCUUCAUUCAUGGAAAAUCAAGUGUAACUCUGAAGUCCCUUUUGAUUAGCAAACACUAUCUUUUAGCAAUGGUAUUAUCAUUGCUAGAAUAUUUAAUUGAGGUUACUUUCUUUCCUGAGUUAAAGGAAUAUUGGGUUAUCAGUGAUAUAGGAUUGGUACUGGUUGUGAUAGGUGAAAUUAUAAGGAAAGGGGCAAUAAUAACAGCAGGGCAAUCGUUUACUCAUAUGAUAAGGAUUCGUCCUGACGAACGUCACCAUUUGGUUACACAUGGUAUUUAUAAAUUUAUUCGCCAUCCAGGGUACUGUGGUUUCUUCAUUUGGUCUGUUAGCACUCAAAUAAUGCUCUGUAAUCCUUUAUCAACUAUUGGAUUUGCGGUUGUUGUUUGGAAGUUUUUCAAUAGUAGGAUACCAUAUGAGGAAUACUUUUUGAGACAGUUUUUUGGAAUGCAGUAUGUUGAGUAUGCCCAACAAGUUGUGUCUGGGGUGCCAUUUAUAAAUUGAAGACGUGUCAUAUAUGUCCCGUAACAUUCACUGCAAAGUAAUCGAUGAAGUUUUAUGUUUGGACUCAUUUUUCCUCUAACAGCUUUGACUGGUGUUUCGUCGUGCUAGAGAUAUGAAGUGUUUCUUUCGUUACAUGCAGCACUGCUGGAUUCGGCAUCUGGACAACAAAACCAUUGUUGGAUGGAUGGUGUUUAAGAUUAAAUUUCGGGUCUUGAUCAGAUUGUUACAGAUUAUUGAUAGCAAGCCUGUUGAUUUUACUUCUGCCAACCUGUUUUGGGCUGCUUCUGCUCUGUCAUAUCUUAACCAACUAAAUUUAGCUUUGUUACUAUCCUACUAGUGGUCAGUUUGUGUGUUUUGAGUACAUAAGUAUGUGCUUUUUUUUUAUGUAAUCUUGGGACUCCUGUAAACUAUCAUAGAUUAAUCUAGAAGAAAAUUUUUGCCAUGGUAUGAAUGAGUAAUAGAAAGUCACAAUAAUAUGCAGAAUCAUUACAUUAACUAAACACCAAUAUUGUAAUAUAUUCAAGUAGAUUAUAAGAAUUUUCCAUAAAAAUGGAAGAAUUAAGUGUUAACAAAAUUGAUUUUAAAUAGGGACCAAAAUCAAAUAU